GGGACUGCCAGCCACCAACAAACAGGACGCAGUUAAAGCUUAUUAUCCGCCGGAGUGUGAACAGACUGCUGCUUGUUUCUGGACUCUAACGGAAUAAAUAGACAGGGGGAGGGCUUGGAUGCAGGAGAAUCUCGGCUGCGAGGCGGAUAAGAUGCUCACGCUGCCACGUUUAGAAGACCAAUAAUCGUGUCUGAUUCUGACAAAGCCGUUUGAUUUCAUUCGGGUGGGGAAAAAAAGAGGCACCACUCCCGUUUUUUAUUUUUAUUUUUUCGCCAAUCCAGGACGCAAAUGUCUUCACAUCACAGACACUCCAGUGGAUUGUAGCAGCAGCCCCGCCGAUGGUUUUGAGAGGGCGUUAAAGGUGCGGGAAGGGAGUGGGACAAUUACAGGAUGAGUGAGCCAUACACCCAGAUCGGAAGUAAAGGGGCUCUACUAGUAAUGGUGCUUGUGAUCAGUGUCUGGGAGAUGACCGUACCAACAGAAGGGGCUACAGCAGCGCAUCAUGUCCGAACAGGCACCUGCGAGGUGGUGGCGUUGCAUCGCUGCUGCAACAAGAACAAAAUCGAGGAGCGGUCGCAAACUGUGAAGUGCUCCUGCUUUCCCGGGCAAGUGGCCGGCACCACCAGGGCCGCCCCGUCAUGUGUAGAUGCCUCCAUAGUGGAGCAGAAGUGGUGGUGUCAGAUGCAUCCGUGCCUUGACGGGGAGGAAUGCAAAGUUCUUCCUGAUCUGAAGGGCUGGAGCUGUGCGACAGGGAACAAGAUCAAAACUACCAAGAUUUCCGCGGACAAAGAGCAGCUUUGGUAAUGGCAGAGGCUUCACAGCCGAGUCCAGGUGAACCAACGGUUCUGGUUUUUAUUGGACCAU